UGUUUGCGGAGGAAGAGUAGCGUGGACUCAGCAGUUGAGACUUGCGUUCUAAACGCGGCCUGGAAUUCGUUGACGCUUGCCAAAGAUAGAGAGGUGUGAGGACAAUGGUCUUUGCCGCGCGAAGUGAUAGGGUCCAAGACCGAGGCCUGUGAAUGGAGACCACUAGGCUCCGGGCUCUUAAAGGUUGUCCCGGCUCCAGUCAUUUCCCAGUGUCCGCCGUAUCCGAGGCAAAGUUCUGUCCGCACACCGGCCCUUUCAGGACCAUAGCAGGGGUCGUGCGCGAGUCCCUGAGGAACAUCCACAGCUUGAGGGAACCGCAAAGUCGACUCUGCUUUCUCAAAACUGCUUCACCGGGAGAGGAAUCUAGAAGAGUGAGCAACUCUUGGAAUUUUAAGUUAUGGCCCAUCAGUUGAUGAUGUUCAGGGAUGUAGCUGUAGACUUCUCUCAGGAGGAGUGGGAGUGCCUGGACUUGGAACAGAGAGCUUUGUACAGAGACGUGAUGUUGGAGAACUACAGCAACAUGGUCUCACUGGGACUUUGCCUUUAUCAGCCAGAUGUGUUCUCUUUACUGGAGAAGGGGAAAGAGCCCUGGAUGGUUUUGAAGGAUGAGACAGGAGGACCUUGCCCAGACAUGCAAUCCAGGUGUAAGACCAAGACAUCACCAAAAAAUGGCAUUUUUGACAGAGGAUUGCCUCAGUGGGAAAUAAUGGAAAUUUGUAAAAAACAUAGCCUUGAAUGUUUAUGUUUUAAAGGUGAUUGGGAAAGCAAAGGUCAGUUUGAAACACAACAGGAAAACCAGGAAGAAUGUUUUAAGCAGAUUAUACUCACCUGUGAAAAAAUGCCCACAUUUAACCAGCACACAACUUUUAAUCUACUUCAGAGACUUAAUACAGUAAAGAAACUGAAUGAAUUUAAAGGGUGUAGGAAAGCAUUUUGUUCUGACGCAGACUGUAUUCAACAUCAGUUAAUUCACACUGGUGGAAAAUUUUGUGAUGAUAAGGAAUGUGAGAAGACCUUUUUUCCUGAUUCAGAACUUACUCAAUAUCAGACAGUUUACACUGCUAAGAAAACAUAUGAAUGUAAAGAAUGUGGGAAGGCUUUUAGUUUGCGUUCAAGUCUUACUGGUCAUAGGAGAAUUCAUACUGGUGAAAAACCUUUUAAAUGUAAGGAAUGUGGGAAGGCCUUUAGAUUUCAUUCACAACUUAGUGUCCAUAAGCGUAUUCAUACUGGUGAGAAAUCUUACGAAUGUAAGGAAUGUGGCAAGGCCUUUAGUUGUGGCUCAGACCUUACUCGACAUCAGAGAAUUCAUACUGGUGAAAAACCCUAUGAAUGUAAUGACUGUAGGAAGGCCUUUAGUCAGCGAUCACAUCUUACUAAACAUCAGAGAAUUCACACUGGUGAAAAACCUUAUGAAUGUAAGGAGUGUGGGAAAACUUUUACUCGUGGCUCACACCUAACUCAGCAUCAGAGAAUUCAUACUGGUGAGAAAUCUCAUGAAUGUAAAGAAUGUGGAAAAGCCUUUAUUCGUGGUUCAAAUCUUGCUCGACAUCAGAACGUUCAUGUUGGUAAGAAACCCUAUGAAUGUGAGAAAUGUGGGAAAGCCUAUGUCUGGAGUUCACAUCUUGCUCGACAUCAGCGAAUUCAUACUGGUAAGAAACCUUUUGAAUGUAAGCAAUGUGGGAAGACUUUUAUAUGGGCCUCAUACCUUGCUCAACAUGAGAAAAUUCAUAAUGAGAGAAAACCGUAUGAAUGUAAGGAAUGUGGAAAGACCUUUAUUCAUGGUUCAGAGUUUAAUCGACAUCAGAAAAUUCAUACUGGUGAGAGAAACUAUGAAUGUAAGGAAUGUGGAAAGACCUUUUUUCGUGGUUCAGAACUUAAUCGACAUCAGAAAAUCCAUACUGGAAAGAGAUCAUAUGAAUGUGAAGAGUGUGGAAAAGCCUUUCUCUGGGGUUCACAACUUACACGACAUCAGAGAAUACAUACUGGUGAGGAACCUUACGUAUGUAAAGAAUGUGGGAAAUCUUUUAUCUGGGGUUCACAACUAACACGACAUAGGAAAAUUCAUACUGAUGCAGAACCCUAUAAAUGUAAGGAAAGUGGCCAGAUCUUUAGUCACCAUUCUUAUUUCGCUGAACAGAAAAUUCACAGUGGUGAGAAUCUUUAUCAAUGGAAAUAUUAUGGGAACACCAUUAGUCAUGACUCAUACUUUGCUCAACACCAGAAUAUUUACACUUUUGAGAAAUCCUAUGAACAUAAAGAUUUUGAGAGGGCAUUUUCUCCAGGCUCUCACUUUAUUUCACUCUUGUGAAAUCUUGUGAUAUAAAAAUGUAGGAAAAGUCUUUAUUCAUGACUUGUUAAUUGAUCUCAGUUAAUUCCUUCUUUUGAGAAAGCCCGUAGUGUAAAUAAUAUUGGAAGACCUUUUGACAGAGCACGAAACACACUCAACAGCAAAGAAUUCCUAAUGCAAUCUAUAUUAAUGGACGAAAGCUUUACUGAUUGGUUAUCAAUUAUAGAAUAUCGGGUAAAGUCCUACAAGUAAGAUGAUAGUGUGAAUCCCUUCUGAAUCAUUCUGAAAAGAUUCUCCACGUCAUUGAUAUUGUGCUGCAUAGAACUGAAGUCUAACUCAUCUAGGGAAACUUUCCAUCAUUACUUAAAUCUUGUUGCACUUCCACAAAAUCACACCAAAGGUGAAUUUGUGUUUUGUAAUUAAUUUGGAAAAGCCUUAAGCUGUGUCAUACAAUUUAUUUGGUAUGUCUUAGUUUCAGUACCUCUUACCUCCUAAUUUUUUGGAAAGUAACUUAAUUCUGUGUUUGCUUACUUAUCAGAUUGUAAGGGUUACAUUAGUUUGAGGAUUUAAAUGAUUUAAUGACCAUCAUUAAUAAUAGUAUUAGACCAUUUCUAUGAGAGGAAGACCUUAAGAGAUUAUAGACAAAAUAUGCCAUCUGUAUGUAUGUCUUACUGAACAGCAGAAUGUUAAUUCUGAAGGAAAACUGGUAAAAUCGAAUGAAGCAAAGAAAGCUUUGAUUCAGUAUUAAUUUCAUUUGCUACAUAAAAAACUCAUACUAGGGCUUCCCUGCCUAUGGUUUUCAUGAAAGUGGGGUUGUUGAGUGCUCAGCAUUUUUUAAGGCAUUUGGAAGAGAUUUGUUUCUAACAAAUUUCUAAAGCCAAAUGGCAUAAUCCAUUUUAUCACCACAAUUAAAUUUUGGAAAUUAGAAAAUAGCCAAAUGAAUUCUGACCUCUUGGAAGUUUAGUGCUACAUAUAUAAACAAUUCUCAGAUUAAUGAGUAAAUCAAAAGUGAAAUUACAGGCAAUUUGGAUGUGAAUGAUAAUGAGACUCCUAUAAAUCAGAUCCUAUGAAUGUGGCCAUAGCACUUCUCAAUAGAAAUUGCUCUGUGUAUAAAACCAAGAAGAUUGAAGGCAGUUUAUUUCUUGUCACCACUGUAUCUCCAGCUUUUAGAACAGUGCCUGUCAUAUUAUGGGGUCCAAAUAUUUAUCAAGUUAAAUAAUGAUUACUCAAACAAGCUAGAAUAAGAGCAAAUGCCUCCAAGUGAACUGAUGGAAAGGUUUAAUGAAAAUAUUGCAAAAAUCAUGGAAUAAACAAUACUGAAGGAUUUUUAUUUUAAAUCAAAAUUUUUUUUGAAGAAAACUAUUAUUUACUAGACUUUGACAAUGCCUCCACAUUAUAACAAAGGAGAAAUGUGAUACAACCAUAUGUUUAGAUGAAUUUUUAAAGGUCAUGUAAAUAUAUAUAAACUAUUAGACACAUUUUUAAAUAUAGAAAGUAAAGUUUAUUUUCUAGGAAAACAUCUUAAAUGAUUAAAAUUUGAGAGUAAAUAAAAAGGGCUAAUUGGAAGAAAACUUUUAAAAAAAAAAAACAGAGGAUCAGAUAAUUGUAUAGGGUACCCCCUGAAGGAACAGAAAAUACUAUGGAAAAAUUGUUCACUCAUGCUAAAAGACUAAAUAACAUAAUUCUGAUAAUAAAAUUAAAUGUAGCCCUUGAACAACAUAUUCCAGAAUAAUUUCAUUCAUGAACAUACAUGAAAAAAAAAUAUGAGAGUCAAACGAUAUUUACUCAGAAUGUUUAACCUCUGAUCUGGAUGGGUGUAAUUCUACAGUUUAAACAACAGCAAAAUAUGAUGAAAAUGUAAUCUUCUCAGUUUAGUACUUAAUAAAUUUAUGUGCAUUUUCUUCGUAUCUUUUAGUAUUACAUGAAUUAAGGAAUAGUGAAUAUAUGUACAUAUAUUUAGCGUGUUUAUAAUUCAGUUAUUUAACAGUAGUUAAACAGUAUUAGGGGGGCUUCCCUGGUGGUGCAGUGGUUAAGAAUCCGCCUGCCAAUGCAGGGGACACAGGUUCGAGCCCUGGUCCAGGAAGAUCCCACAUGCCGUGAAGCACCUAAGCCCAUGCACUGCAACUACUGAGCCUGUGCUCUAGAGCCCGUGAGCCACAACUACUGAAGCCUGCAAGCCUCGAGCCCGUGCUCUGCAACAAGAGAAGCCACCGCAGUGAGAAGUCCACACACUGGAAUGAAGAGCAGCCCCUGCUCGACGCAACUAGAGGAAGCCCGUGCACAGCAACGAAGACCCAACACAGCCAAAAAUAAAUAAAAUAAAUAAAAUAAAUUUAUUUUAGAAAAGAAACAGUAUUAGGGAACAGUACUUCCAUCCGAAUUAUUGUCUUCUAUGGAAUUUCACAACUCAUGGGGAAAAUGAAAAAUUUUUUUGUUAUAUUGCUUUAUUAUUAAUAAACAAGCUAUUUCAUUCA